CUUGUUUCCAUAACAAGGGGAAGAGACGGGGCUCUUUCGAGUACGUAUUUAGAAUUCCCCUUCUUCGCCCUCCUCGAGCCCGGCCACUUGCGGCGCAGACCAGAUAAGCCUCCCCGCCCGCCCUGCGUGACUUUCGCUUUCGGAUCCGGCGGAGGCGCCUCGGCUGCCGAGCGAGCGACAUGGCGUCCGCCUGGAGGAGAGCCUCGAGGGCCCGGCCGCUGCAGCGGCGCAGGCGGCGGGGAUGAGAGCAGCGGCCGGGCGCUCGGGCGCGGCCAGGUGAGCUGCUGGUGGGGCGGGAGCGCUGCCUGCCUGCCCGCCUUCGAAGGCGCCCCAGUGUCCGCGGGGGAAGCGAGGCUGGCGGGGUCGGGCUGGGGCUGCGCCUCGGCGGGUCCCCCGCGCAGCCUGGAGCUUCUCGGCGAGGCGGUGGAGGCCGGGACAAGCCGGGCUCCUCCGCCGACCCUCGCACAGAUCGGGCCCUGCGGGCUGGCGAGGAAGGGGAAGGAGGGAAGGAAGUUAGCGAGGGAUGGCGGCGCUCAUGCGUCGUCUAGCGCCGCCUUCCCGAAGGAAAUAGCCGCUGAAAUCAACGUGCCGAUCUCCUGAGCGAUGCUGGUUAUAUAUGGCUGCUGGCUUGUGUUUAAAGUGUUUUUAGGCUACUUUAAUUGCAUAUUUCUGUACAGUAGUACGUUGGUUCUCAAACUUAAUCUGUUCCCGAGGUCCGUUUCGAAACCAAAGCGUUCUGAAACCGAGGCGCACUUUCCCAUAGAAAGGAAUGCAAAAUGGAUUAAUCCCUUCCAGACUUUUAAAAACAACCCCUAAAACAGCAGUUUGACAAGAAUUUGACCAUCUAACGAGAUAAAAUGAGAGCAAUAGACAGUGUACUGCAGUCACAGGAUCAAUCAGUCAGCAGCUGAAGUGGGUUCCACACAGUCACAAAAUCCCCCAAAAGAGCUGCAAAAACAAAAACGCAAAAUAAAUAGCAAAAACAGACAGACCUCAGUGUAACACUCAAAACGGAUGUGUGGCACUCAAAACGGAAGCAUAACAAUCAAAACAGAGCGCGUUCAACUUCCGAAAAAAGUUCGCAAACCGGAACACUUCUGGGUUUCCAGUGUUUGGGUUCCAAGUUGUUGGAGUACCAAGGCGUUUGAGAACCAAGGUACCACUGUAUUGUGUCUUACAUUGCAUAUUCAGUGUUGUGAGCCACCCUGAGUUAAUAAUAAUAAUAAUAAUAAUAAUAAUUUCCCACCCAUCUGGCUGGGUUUCCCCAAUCACUCUGGGCGAAUUACAGCGUAUACAAAAACAUAAUAAAACAUUCAACAUUAAAAAACAGAAUAUCUUAUACAGACUAUAAGUAACCAAUAAAUCAAUAGAAUCAUAAACAUAAAAAUAAUCAGUUUACAGUUAUACCCACAUUAAAAUAACCGCCAACGGAAGAGCACAGUAUAAAAUCCACAUGAUAAGUAAAGUGUUCGUCAUUAAGGCCCUACAAAAGCCUUCCCUGUUUUUAAAUAAUGUUUAUUUCAGUGGGCUCCAGCGAGCUCAACUUGCGCAGGUUUGGAUGGCGAGAGCGCCACUAAGUGUGUUUGUUGCCUUCAUUGUUAGGGCCAAACUACAAAGCAGCUCAUACGUAUUGUAUUAGAAUGAAAGGCAUCUUUUUUGGAAAGUGUGUGGCUUAGCAUCUAAGAAACAAAACCCGAAAUCAAUCCUGGAAAAAAAUGGAUAAUAAUCAAAUAAUAAGCGUGCCCCAAGGGCGUUGUUGGCGACAUUCUUCAGGGGUGUGAGACUGAGCAGCAGAAAUCAUAAUCAGGCAUUUUGACUGAAUGUGCAUGGGCUGAAAGGGGGGAAGGGAAGAGGGGCACACCCACAAUCCCUGCCCCAAACAUCCCCACAUGUUCAGCUGAAUGCACUUCGAAUCCUGAGAAAGUCUGAAGUGCAGCAAGUCCAUGCGGGGGGGGGGGGCUUGUAUGUCCCCAGUGUGACAAAAUCCUGCCUUGACAAGAGAACCUUAAUCUUAAGUGGCUGAUGCAUAAAUAUUGUUUCAUAAAGACUAUUAUUAUUGGUUAAGGCUUCCUUUUUCGGUACCUUAGCCUCUUCUGUCACCCACACAAAGGGGUUUCUUUUUUUCUUUCUUUCUUUCUUUUCUUUCUUUCUUUCUUUCUUUCUUUCGUUUUCUUUGGGGGGGUCUGCCUUGUUUUUUCCUUCACUGACAAGAUCCAGAAGGAGAGGGAAAGAAAUGAUUUGGGACCGAGUAUCAUAUGGGCAAAAGAUAAUUAAUGGAUGCCACCCAUAUUAAAUGACAGUUUGGAAGAACGUUUCAUGUUAUCCUUUUGGAAUCACUGUUUUCUCUGGGAUUUUGAAAAAAAAAAUUGUUUGGUAUACAUGCAGGAGUCACAUCAGCGCUUACCCACCUGUAGAGACCACCACAUAGGAUGUUAUUUUAAACUAUGAUGACAUUUUUCAUGGGACCACUGCAUUUCUACAAACUUGGUGAGUUAAAUCUAGAAAGAAUUUAACAGCACACCCUUCUUUUUCUUCUUGUCUCAGCUGCCUUUUUCUUUGCCAAAUAAAUUUGAUCCUCAACUAGUUUCUAGUCUCAAACUGCCAGGCUGGAAAGAAGACAGCUUUUAUAAAUAAAUGAAAUUAUGCUUAGAGUCCCUGAGUCUCUUAAGAUAAGGGAAACAGACUUUUGCUUAGCUGCUAAAUGAGCUGAAAACAUGCACCCAAAGUUAAGCAUUUUAAAACAGCAUUUUGACGUCAUUUUGAGCAUCUGCACGUGCGCAAGUGGCGAAACCCGGAAGUAACCUGUUCCUUUGCUUCCGGGUCGCCGGGGAGUGCAACCUGAAAACGCUCAACCUGAAGCAUAUUUAACCCAAGGUAUGACUGUAGAACAUACCCUAGAAGUGAUUGGUUGCCCUGCCCAAGUUCCCCUGACUUAACACACAUUAUCAAACUUCUCCAAAACUUGUGAAAGCCACAAAUCUCAGCUGUUGUGCUUUUCCCAGGAAGUACAUUCCACUCUGCAUACAAACAGUUUCAAGAGCGUUUUCUACAUUGAACAGAUACUUUAAAAUUUCAUAUAUUUAUUGUUUUAAUUUAUAGUGUACAUCAGUGCUCUGAUCUCUGCUCUGUGCAGUUUACUUGGUAAGUACUUUUAAACUUCUUAACAUUUCCUGCCUGGUUCACGUUGUAUUUUGUUGCUUACGAGGAGCAAAAUGCACAGCUAUUUCAUCACGUAUGAUUGGCAAACCUUGUACUCACCAGUACUUACAACUGUUCUUUUUCGCCACCACAAGAAACCUCGGUUCAACUCAAGUUGAAAAUAGAGCCACGGGAUUUUGAGUACAUAUUGAUGUGGGAAUCUGGAAAUAAUACAGGGACUCCCUGCUACAAUGUGAUGUAUAGAACGAGAAGGUAUCUAUCCUUUUUCUAAAAUACAUUCCCACGUUUUGUAAAUGAUUGUGAAUGACUGAUAUGGUGCAAGAUCAUUAUUGGCAUAGGUGUAUCUAGUUAUGUUCCUGUUAUAUGAAGAACAGAAACAAAGCGUUAUCUGGAAGAUUAAACACUAACAAAUUUGAUAUGGCAUGUGAUUUUGCAGACUGCAUUCCAGUUUAUCAUGACUUUUGUAUUGGCUGGGGAUAUGCACCCAUAAACUGGAUAAAUAUUGAGUUAUCUGCAUUCUAAGAGAAGAGUUGCCCUCUUUCCAGGGGUAUACCUUGCAGUUGGCUAGGUUGGCCCCUGUCAAGGGCCUUGGGCCAGGGAGAUACACUCUGGCUCAGAGUGGCUGGAUGGGAAAGCAGUAAGCAGAGGGAGGUAAGAAGGCAGAGAGAUGGAUUGACUGACUGACUGCAGAGGAGGUGAGGGAGACACAGCAGAGCAGUCCCAAUGGCCAUGGAGGAAGUCACUGGUGAUGAAAAGCAAACUUUGACUUUCUGGUCCAUGGUUUCUCUUGUCUUCGGAGGCACCAAUACAUCUCCUUGCCAAGGGCACAAGGGACCCUAGGUACACCACCGUUUCUUCUGCACUGCCUUCCCACAGACCUGAAAGCCAUCUCUCUCACUCUCCCCAUCCACAAAUACAGCCCUCUGUCCUUUUCUCAUUACUGGAGGUGGCAGUAGAGGAGUCCAAAGGAAGCAUUUCCUCCUCAGUCCUGCUUCCUUUGGCUCCUCACAUUGUCACAUGGACUAAAAAAGCAAUAAAACAUGGUAGAUUAGCUAUAGUUGCUAAAAAAGCCUAGUUAUUCUCAACAACGAAAAGGGGGUGAAUCUCAGAAACAGACUACACAUGAAAAAUAAGCAUAUAUUUGAAAAGCCACCAAAUGUACUUUUGCACUGACAUGCUUCUCUCAGAAUGGGACACUUCAUAUCAAAUUAGGGAUGAGGGUGAGUAAAUAUAUGCUUGAUCUCACUCCGGAAUUCUGGACAACUUUCAUGUGAUGCUUUUGAAUUGCUGCUUUAUAUCUAGUUAGGAAGUACUGAUUGUUCAUUGGCUCCUCCUUGUUUCCAUUUAAAGUUAUCCAACACCAAACAUGAAGAUUGUCACGGAGUGUUCCAAUAUCACACGUUCAUUCUGUAACUUGACAAAAGAGUUUACAGAUCCCUACGAGUCAUACAAAAUUGUAGUGGAGCAGGUCACAGAAGACGGAGUGCAUUCUUCAGAUACUUCAUUCAGUCCAUAUGCUGACAGUAAGUAAUUUGCUCCUUAUUUAUGUUUGAAGCACAUGCCUUAUGCUUCCUAUAAGUCCUAGAUCCAACCACACAGAUUUCACACUAGCCAAGACAGAAGGUAGAGGCCAGUUGUCAACCCCCACUGCGUCAUCUCCCAGCAGGCUCCAAAGCUGUCACUGCCCUGCCCUGCUUCUACUUCUUUUAAUUGAUGCUGCCAAGGCUUCCAGCUGGCAGAGCCCUGGCACCAGCAACCUCAUGCAAUUCUAGCUCCCCAAACCCCCAAGACUCGCUCCUUCUUCAGUGUAUUAUUUUCAGUUAUUUAUAUCAUCGUUCUUUAAGUGCCAAGAGGUCUCGUGGUCCUGACAAGCUUUAUCUCCAGCUCUCUAUGGGCAUCCUCUUGCUUUUCAAUGGAAUGAAUGGCAAACUACACCCCACUAAGAUCAGAACUCAGGACUAGGUGCCGUAUUCAGAGCAGACUUUCGGGAGCAGAAAUGAGGAUCAAAGAAGGCUGAAGGCCAACAAGUUAAGAGGCUUAAAGGUCAGUUUGGGGAAAUUUCCAAUCAGUAGAACCCCCGCCAUACAUAUUUAGCCUUCAAUCUGAAAGAAGCAUACCUGGGAGAACGUUGUAUCAUUUCAUUUGAGAUCUUAUGUCCAAGUUAGUAGUGCAUUGGAUUGUAAUUUCAUUAAUUUCUCUAGGGCAGAGCUUCCCAGUCACAUUGGUUCCUUCUUUUCUUCCUUUCUUUGUUCAACAGCAUGCCUAACACCACCCCAGUUUGAGAUUUCUGCUUGUCCAAGCUGCGCAAAUGUGACAGUGAAACUUUCAGCCUCAUUACUUCAUGUAUAUCAAGAGCUUGAUUAUACGGUCACAGUGAUAAGAGACAAUGUCAAGGAAAAGGUCGGUUGCUUAUGAUUAAAAGGGAAAUGGUAGACAGUAUCAAAAUUAAUUCACUUCAUCUGUAAGAAAGCUGCUAUUUCUGUUUCUAGUUCAGGUAUAUCCAAACUUAAUGGUUCUGCUUCCUGAUCCAUAGCCCUGUCUAUCCUCCAAGGCAGGCCUAGAGUUCCUGUCUGGGUGGGUUUCACCCAUUCACUUCAAUGGAGUGGGCAGCUCCCCAUGUUUUGCCCUUUCAGUGGCUGUUGACAUUGAGAUAGACCAGAAGGGCUGUAUAUAUUGUUGGAGUGCCAGCAGGAAUUGCUAGAUUGAGAUGUUUUGGAUUAAUAGGGUAGACCACUUCCCAUGCCAGUACUUGAGGAUUGGGCAUAGCAGCAGCUAAACCAGCAGAGUCCAAAGGCCGGAGGCUACGUUGGUAUUGCUGUGCCUUUGCACUGUUGCUGCAAGAAGAAUUGGUAAGGCAAAUAUUUAGCAGAUGAACAGAAAUGAUAAUCUUACUUAUAUAUAGCUUUUUGUAUUUCCAGAGCACUUUAGGAAACAUUUUCAUAGGUAUCCUUACAAUAGCCCAUGACAUAGGCUAGUGUAAUUAUCCCCCCAUACUACAGAUGCUGGGCUUUGACUGCAAAAGAGUGUGCAAGGUUGUGUAUUGACCUCAUGGAAAGGUGAGACUUUCCACGUAACAGUCAAGUGUGUUUCAUCAACCCUCAUAUUUGCAUUUGUCCUUUGUAUGACAUACUCAAUUGUCAAUUUUUUUCUUCUUCUUUUCUAGCGUGUUGUCAAUACAACCAGACAAGAGAGUUUCCACACUGUCAUUGGAGAUUUGAGUUUCAAUACAAAUUAUUGUAUUGCUGUUGAUGUGAAAACAAGUCUAAAUAAUCAGUGCGCUCCGUCUGUCCCCAAAUGCCUUAUCCUCAGCUCCAAUAAUAUAUCAGGUAUAAUGAAUUAAGGGGUGGGGAGGGGUUGCAGAGAAUUAAUUUAAAAUUAUUAUUUUCUUAAUUAAAAAAAAACCUAAUAAUAGAUUAUUGCUUUUAGUAUUUCAAGUAAUGGUUUUAAAAAAUAUAUUAUGAAUUUUGGUAAUCUAGUGCUCUGUGUGCCCAAUAAAACCAGAGUGUUUCACAAUAGCCCCCAUAUUCACUGUUCUUUAAUCACGUUCUUUUUAUCUUACAGGUCAUAUUAUAUUACCAGCGUUGUUGGGCAUAUUAAUGUCAUUGACAGUAGUACUCACUCUAUUUGUCCUGUAUAAAGCCGGUGUUAUUUGCUUAAGAUGGAGGAAAUGGCCAAGAGUCUUGGUAUGUAGCCUUGGGACGGAUUCUUUUUUUAAGAUAAAUAGCUUAAUAAGCUCUACUGUAUGUAUGUAUAUAGAAUUUUAUUUAUUUUUAUUUAUUUAAUUUUAUUUAUUUUUAUUUAUUUUCUAUCGUCGUCUUUUCAUGAAACAUUCAUUGUUCAAAAGACCUAACGGUCAGUCCCAGGGUCAAUGCCAGUUACAUAGGGUCAGGUGAUAUGAAAGUUUGCCCUCUCUGCCUCUCUCUCCUCUGUAAUCUGUAAAUUUCAAAAUUGUUUUUCUUUUCAGAGCAUCACACCAAAAUUAGACUAUUCCCUUUUUAAAUCAGAACCGGAAGAAGUGCACACCGUCCAGGUCACCCAACAAAGUAAAAAAAAAGUAUGUGGAUACAAUUCCGAUGAAGAGGACAGUGACAGCGUUGCUGGAAAUGAUGAUUUAUAUACUGCACGUGGUUUUUUGGGGCAGACUUCAAAGUCCUGCUCGCAGGAGGAGCCACCGUCCCUAGACUGCUCAUCCACUACAAGUAAAAUCGCUGACCCCCAGGAUGAGGAAACAGAAAACCUUCUGCUCAUAGGCUGCUCAUCUGCUACAAGUGAAAUGCCUAAACCCGUAGAUGCUGAAGCAGAAAACCCUCAGAAUGAUACUAGCAAAGAAGAAAGCCCAACAAUUCAAAUAUUUCAUCCUUCUCCUGAAGUGGACUCCGCUAAUGAGCCAGACCUGGAGUGCAGCAGCUGUUCCAAUGUAAACUUAAAUACUGUGGUGCUAGGAAUAUCUGGCAAAAAUGUGACUGCUUCUGCAACACUAAGCUCUUGCCAAGAGAAGGCUGUGGGCUUGAAAGAGUUGUGUGUUUCUGAUGCAUUCGAGCCGAAACAUAUCACUGAUGUGCUAGAAAUGCAGAAUUCUGACAUUCCUAGCCUCUCUUGUUCCUGGCAAAAUUCUAAUGGGUCUGGAGAAAGUGAGUCAUCGGAUUCAGAAACGGACUGUGUUGGUGAAUACAUGAGCAGAUGAAUCAAAGAUGAAUAAAAGAAUAGCAUCUUCCUGUACGAUAUAUAUUCCUAUGUCAAGGGACUGGGUGGGAUCUUCUGUCUAAUGCUAUCAGUAUUGUACAAGUACAUAUGAAAAUGCAGCACUGUUGUGAAUUCCCACAGCAUUACUAUCAUUUUCUGUUCACUUUUUUUUUUAACGGGGGGCAAGCCACUUACUAGUCUGCUUCCAGUAUAACUGAGUACCCACAAUCUGUCAUGGCCUGGUUGGAUGCAGAGAAAUGAUGGGAGGAACCAGCUGGGGGACCACCAAGGGAAGAAGGCUCAGAGCCCAGGGAGUGGUGGUGAGAGGACAAUGAGUGGUCAGAAGGAGAAGACAGAGAAGAGGUGUCACAAGCUAACAGGGCUCAGUGAGCCUGCAGAGUCUGUGGUAGAGGGAAGUCCAGAAUCAGAGGCAGAGACUGAAGCAGGAGGGUGGGAGGAGAGAGGCCAAGAGACAGAGAUGAGUCAGGCUGAUGAAGGCUCCCUGGUGUUUUCUUCUACUGCAACAAGCUCCCCUUCCCCUUGUCUCCUAGAACCAGAAGGGGCAUGAAAAGUGCAGCGGAGAGAUUGGUGAUGCGCAGACAUAGCCUCUGAUUGCUUGGGGGGGGGAAUCCUGGAGAGGAGAGGACUUAGGUAGCUGUGGGUAGGUGGGGACCUUCAGUCUUAGCAACUGCUUUAUGGGCGCAAACCUACCAGGCAUGAGUUGCUGCACUCAUUAGGCCAGGCACUUCUGUACAGAUUGUGUUUUUGCUAAUAAAGAGUUAACUCCAGCUUGCACAGUGUGACUUACUGCUGACUGACUCCUGAGACAACCAUUUGUGAAAGCUGGAAAAUAAAUCCAGCCUUUUGUGUUUCUAGAAUAGAAUUACAGUGGUACCUCGGGUUAAGUACUUAAUUCGUUCUGGAGGUCUGUUCUUAACCUGAAGCACCACUUUAGCUAAUGGGGCCUCCCGCUGCCGCCGUGCUGCCAGAGCACAAUUUCUCUUCUCAUCCUGAAGCAAAGUUCUUAACCCGAGGUACUAUUUCUGGGUUAGUGGAGUCUGGAACCUGAAGCGUAUGUAACCUGAAGCGUAUGUAACCCAAGGUACCACUGUAAUUGCAAACAUGCAUCGCAAUAUCUUCCGAUCCUGUUCUAUGUUCAUUCUAUAUAACCUCCGUCUUGAGGUUGGAUUUGUCGAUCACAGUUGAUCAGCUGUGCCACUUGAUCAUCAAGUGUUGUUGACCAUGGUGAAGCACUUCGCUGGUAAUUAAUUGACUGUGAAUGGAUUUCCUGUUAUCUGUAAUACAUAGCCUAAGACCCUGAGGGUUGUAACUCAUUAUGCCUGUUUAUUCAGAGAACUGGAGGGUUCAGGGCCUUCAGAUAGACUAUAUGUGAACUUAUGCUAGGGAAUGCCUUGUGAUCCAAUUCAUACCUUUGUGUGUUUUUCUAUCAGUAUGAAGCAUUCCCUCACCCUCAGAUUGUUGGCAGGCUUUAAACUGGCUCUGUGAUUUUUUGCGUUGCAAAGACUCCAGUGUUCUAAUUAGAGAGGUGGCAAAGAGAGAUGCUAAUAUACUUGACCUCUUUACUGUCUGUCACACUGGGAUAAUCUUUGAUCAGUUUCUCAUUGCAGAGAAUCUGAUUGUAGCAAUUGUUGGAGUGGCUGGACGUAGGAAGGGGUUAAUUUCCUUCAUGAGCAUAAAUCACCCCGUGGGUGAGGUAAAUCACAGGUGCAAGGUCAAAUGAGCCAGUUGCAAGGUCAAAUGGCUCAGAGCCCUGACUAUAUUUGUGAUUAAUGUAUGCCAGCUAGUUCAGUCUUGGUUAGUUGGUGUUAGAGGAAUGUUGAUAUUUUGUAUAUAGAAUCAUAGAAUAUGAAGGGACCCUGAGGAUCAUCUGUCACGGCUAAAAUGGCCGCUGUUUCUUUAAUGCAAAUAAAGCUGGGUCAGCAUGACUCAGCGGCCUGCACCAAGUUGUAUAUAUAGAGUGAGAAAUGUUACUUUGCUGAGGCUGGUGUUUGGGUUGGUUGGUUAGUGCUGGUGUGUAUAGUUAUUCAGUCGUGUUUUGCACAAAGACUUUUAAGAAUAAAACUCUGCAAGGAUAUUCUCGUGGACUCUUUUUGUGGCGACAAGGAGACUGAGGAGACAAAGGGAGGUCAGAACCCUUUCCUCCUUUUUUGCUUUUUACAAACACUGACAUCAUCUAGUCCAACCCCCUGCAGUGCAAGAAUAUGCAGUUGUCCCUUACGGGAAUCGAACCCACAACCUUGGUGUUCUCAGCACCACGCUCUAACCAACUGAGCUACCCGUAUCUGAAAAGCCUACAAGCUGGAACUUCCUUUUCUGUGUAUAACUUUUAUCCAGAGCUGUUUGCUAAGCUUAUUUACUUCUACAACAGUAAAAAGAUUUGGACCUUAGUCUGCUUCUGUGUGGUGUCUGGUACUGCGAGCAAGAUCCACACACUUGCACUGAGUGUGCAUCUUAUAUCAGAUUCCCAACAGCAGUGCAAUCGUGUAAUGUUAGCCUCUCAAAC